AUGAAUAGGCUAGAAUACGAUUAUCAUUCAAGACCAAGGCCAACAGGAUCCUUAGUGGCACACCAUCACGAAGAUGUGGUGACGAGAAUGAAAAAUAUAGAAUUGAUAGAACUUGGUCGCCAUAGAAUAAGACCCUGGUACUUCAGUCCUUACCCUCAAGAGAUGGUAAACCUUCCCUGUAUAUAUAUUUGCGAGUUUUGUUUAAAGUACAGAAAGAGUCGGAAGUGUUUAGAGAGACAUUUGGUAAAGUGCAAUUUAAGACAUCCUCCUGGCAAUGAGAUCUAUAGGAAGGGGUCGAUAUCGUUUUUCGAGAUCGACGGAAGGAAGAACAAAAAUUAUGCUCAGAAUCUCUGCCUACUAGCUAAAUUAUUCCUAGAUCACAAAACACUUUACUACGACACGGAUCCGUUCCUCUUUUAUGUGAUGACUGAAUUUGACUCUCGUGGAUUUCAUAUAGUAGGUUAUUUUUCCAAAGAAAAGGAAUCGACGGAAGACUACAAUGUUGCCUGUAUUCUCACAUUGCCUCCGUACCAAAGGAAAGGUUACGGAAAACUCUUAAUAGAAUUUUCCUAUGAAUUAUCGAAGUUCGAAGGAAAAACGGGUUCACCUGAGAAACCUCUCUCAGAUUUGGGUUUACUCUCGUAUAGAAGUUACUGGGCUCAUACAAUACUUGACAUUUUAUUGACUCUGAAACCUUUGGUAGAAAAUGAAAAGCCACAGAUUACGAUAAAUGAAAUCUGCGAGAACACGUCGAUUAAGAAGGAGGAUGUUAUAUCCACCUUGCAGAAUUUAAGUCUGAUUAAUUACUACAAAGGACAAUACAUCGUCACAUUAAAUAGGGACAUAAUUGAGCAACACACUUCGGCGAUGGAGAAGAGGCAGAUCAAAAUAGACCCAGAACCCAGGAAGCGACCACGUACGUCUGUCGAAUGUACCAAACUGUACAUAAUAUUGCGAACGGAAGUCUUGUGUUUUAAUAAGGCUAUCUGGAUUUACGCACGAAGUAGCAGCAGGAGCAGCACGAACUAUCCUCGAAUUCUUCCUCAAUCCCAGACGCAAAAGUCAAUGGCUUACAUUUUCUGUGGCGUUUGCAGUGUGGAAUCGCAAGACUUAAUUGUUUGCCCUUGA